UGUCAGGACGGGCGGAAAAAUGCCACUUCCCGACUAACAGGCGGAAUCCAGCCCAGAUUUUCAGUCGUUUCUUCUUAUUCUUUCUUCCCUUUCACUAAUUUAUCCCGAUGUUAGCACAUUCUGUCUUGUUACUAGCGGACGCCUGUAGGUUUGCUACAUGGGAUCAUUACUUACUGAUCACGGUGACUCUGAAGUCUGGAACUGAAGGCGGAAUGAGAAGUUGGGAAAACUUUUUUCUCUAAGCUCUCUCUCUCUCUCUCUUUUUUUAAAACCUAUUAUUCUCGAUGCUUGUUAAGAGGAAAAAAAACCUUUGGUACUUCUGUUGUGAAUGUGAAACAUUAUCUUCCAGCUGUACAGUGACACAUUUUUUUAAGGAGAAAAGGACUCCUGAUCCGUUUGCCAAAAGGGGGGUGGGGAGGUGGAAUAAUGUUAUCGAGUGAUUAUUCUGGCUGAGAUGUGUUAUUUGGUUUCUUCCUUCUUGAUCAUUUGGUGUUUAAGUAAAAUGAGGCACAGGCUUGUUUGCCGAGUGGAGUGGGAAAGGCAUUUUGAUUUGCUGGCCUAAUUAAAAAAUGAUAAAGGAUUAAAGGAAAAGGUGGACCUGGACUGAAGGGUGUAAAAUCUCUGGACACAUUCCUGGGGCAGGAAAAAGAAGAGGAAGAUUAGAAGAUUUUUUUUUUUUUUUUUUUUUACGAGAAAGCCCAGCGGAGCUAAACGAAUGUCCCCUCAUCUCCAAAGGAAAGUUCAUCGGAUUUUUAUUCUAGAGAGCUCAUCUUCAGGAUGUCAGUGAACAUUUCUACUGCAGGAAAAGGUGUGGAUCCAAAUACGGUUGAUACUUAUGACAGUGGUGAUGAUUGGGAAAUCGGGGUUGGAAAUUUAAUAAUUGAUUUGGACGCUGAUUUGGAGAAGGACAGACAGAAAUUUGAGAUGAAUAAUUCCACCACCACCACUAGCAGCUGCAACUCGAAGGAUUGUGGAGGUCUGGCCUCCAGUGGGGCCAGUGCUCCGGCCGCCUUAGCCGAUGGCCUAAAAUUUGCUUCUGUUCAGCCCUCUGCUCCCCAGGGGAAUUCACACAAAGAGACCAGCAAAUCAAAAGUGAAAAGGAGUAAAACUUCGAAGGAUGCUAAUAAAUCUCUGCCUUCGGCUGCCUUGUAUGGGAUUCCCGAGAUCAGCGGCACUGGCAAGAGGCAGGAAGUCCAAGGGCGCCCUGGAGAGGCCGCUGGCAUGAAUUCAGCGCUGGGUCAAAGUGUGAGCGGCGGCAACCCCAACAGCAGCAGUCCGGGCACGGGGCCCUCCGCUGCCACCGCGGGGGCGGCCUCCUGUGGGAAGAGCAAAGAGGAGAAGCCAGGUAAAAGCCAGAGCAGCCGAGGCGCCAAGCGGGAUAAGGAUGCGGGGAAAUCCAGGAAGGACAAGCACGACCUGCUUCAGGGCCACCAGAAUGGCAGUGGCAGCCAGGCCCCUUCCGGGGGGCACCUCUAUGGCUUUGGGGCCAAGAGCAAUGGAGGUGGCGCGAGCCCCUUCCACUGCGGGGGCGCUGGGAGUGGCGGCGUCGCGGCUGCUGGGGAAGUUAGCAAAAGUGCCCCGGAUUCAGGGCUCAUGGGAAACUCUGUGUUGGUAAAGAAGGAAGAGGAGGAGGAGGAGAGCCACAGGCGAAUCAAGAAACUGAAAACCGAGAAGAACAUCAUCAGGAUGAGUUGGAAAGCAUCUCCUCACUUUUGUUUUGCAAAGUGUGCGAAGCCAGACCAGAUGACUUUUGGAUUUCCUGUCACCUCCUUGGCUGAUUUUUAUGGAUGGCUCAUGUUAAAAGCAACAGUAAUGUUUGAAUUGGAAGGCUUGAAGCUUUGGGUUUUCAUUCUUCAUGGAGAACUGUUUAUUUGUGUGUGGUUCACCGCAGUACAUGGAUAAUGCUAUCAAAUCUGUGCUUUAUUAUAGGCUUAAGACUAGUACAGCAGCCCUUCAGUUCUGCUUUCUGUGUUUUCGUUCCUUGCCAAUUCUUUUGUGAUGGAAAUGAAAUUAGAACUGAAUCUCUGCAACCAAGGGGAAAAUAGGCACAACAAACAGAAACUGUCCCGUGAGCCAGUUUAGAAGCAAGCAGCGCUGAUGGAAGAAUAUAUGUUCAAUUUUUUUUUUUUUUAAAGUAUAGAAAAGUACUUCAGUUUCACUUUUCCGUGGAGAUCUCUGGCCAGUGAGCCCAGCACUUUGACAAACGAAGGGCUUUCCCCCCUUUAUGCUGUUUCCCAUCUUCAGUAACUGAUUGGAAAGCGAUUCACAUUCCCAAAACUUCACACUGCUUUGAAGGUGGAAUCCGAGUUAAGUAAUAUUGUUUUCUUCUGCUCCCCAAAGGGAACAACCUGAUUUAAAAAACAGCAAUCGAGCCUUUCCGCAUCAAACUCCAUUUGGCCACUUGUCUCCAUUUACAUUCCUUGCCCGAAUCCUUCACCAGCCUUUCCAUGAUGCCGCAGCAGAUGCCAGACACUGAAGGAGAAAGCGAGCAGCUGUUUCCAUUACUCCAUUGCUGGAUUAUCCUCCACAAUCUGCUUGCUUUCUUCCCCCCCCGUCCCCCCCCCGACUUUAAAGAAAAAAAAAGAAAGAAAGAAAGAAAGAAACCUUCUCGCCCGCCGACUUUUUGCUUGCUCCAGUUUAUCAGGCUGCAGGUUUUCUAUCUUAUCAGGACCACUGAUUUGCUCGAAAAGGCCGGUUUAUUGUUCAUGCCUGCAGCAGAUGGGAGCGCCCGGGCCCGGGGGCGUGGCCGCGCGCGCGUGUGGUGUG